AUGUCAUCCACCUGCCCGGAGGUCCCCUCCUUUGCAGGCAUUCGUCAUGGUCCUACUGCUGGGAAACGCGCAAUGCCAGCUCGUAGGGCCAUGCCAAAACCCAGACAGUCAUCAACCUCCGCCGCAAGCGUGGUCCCAAAGACACCAAUCACGCCAGUUACCCCUGGCGAGGAGUCUUCAAAACUUAAUCUCACCAUUUCUGUGCCUCCGAUAUCGACAUCAUCUCAACGGGAUGAAGGUCCUGAAGAAGGCGAAAUAUCGGAUGACGAAGAUGAUCACUACUCACCCCGAGAGGCGACCACUCCCAUCCAGAUUCAUCAGACACUACCUCUAGCAAACCCUUUCCAGGCGGUGCUGGCUGCGAGUAUGCAGGCACCAUUGAUAAACCCCUUUCCCGUCGCUAGUACGAAUGAUCAGCCGUCGAUAAGGAAGGAGCAGCUUAACUCGAAUACAGCAGCACCUCGUCCUACACAAGAAACAGAUCCGGCGUUGAUGUCUAUGCUAGAGCUACGGAAGGCCGCUCAAUCAGCUGUCAUGUACCUGUCUUGCUCAGCCAGGAUGUCCUUCGAACAAAUCGCGGCUGAAGGAAUCGAACGUACUGUUCUAGCUGGUAUCUAUAACCAUCUAAAACUUCCAAUACCCGAUUCAUCGAAGAACGUUCCAACCACCGUUCUUCCAAAGAAUACUGCUCCUAGUGGAGUUGUAAACGGGCUCAAAGCAAUUAUCCCAACUCCAACAAUUCCUAAACCAGAGAUCAGUGCAGCCCCACCAACCCUCCCCACCUCUCUACCCCCAAAGCCUCCCACUUCCGUCGCCACGAGCAAUAAUCUUCCUAGUGUUGUUUCCCGGUUCAAUCAAUCGCUUCCUGGUUUGAGUAUUGUCCAGCCCCCCCCGAACAGAAUUGUGUCCCCUCCUCUUCCAACUCCUCAACCUAAUGCACUUCGAGAAGCCUCCCCUACCCCUCAGCCACCAACUCUUCGCGGCCGGAAGCGGCCUGUAGCUGCUGAUUUUGAUAUAGAAAUCAAACCAGCCAUCUUGAACCCCAAACAACCAAGGUUUGGUAACAGGCACCGUCUAGAGUCCAGCCAGUUGAUCUUCAAUGUUAGCGACAAUGAAGAAGAGGAAGGCAAAGAAAAAAAACAAAAGACGCCGCUUGCAACCCCUCAAAGCGUCGGGCCCUCGAGACCUGAUAGUGCCAAUCCCGAGAAAAACGAACAACUUGGGGAAAGUCUUCGUCUUACAGAGUUGGCAAUUGAGGAGAUGAAACAAAGGAUUGCCGUCGCCAUGAAACGGAAGCCUAAGCCAGCUUCUAAUGGCGAGAGUCAAUCCGAUCCACCGAGCAAGCAUACCACUCCUCUCCCAGCGACGCCGUCUACAGAUUUGUUGAAUGCAAAGGAGGCUAGUCUCGAUAGAGUUGAAGAAUUUCUCCAUAAAACCUUAGAUCAAUUUAACGCCGGCAUUGCGCAGCCAGAGGCAGUGGAGAGGGCAUCCGAGCUUGCAGCGGCUGAACUAAUGGAUGUGGAGUCCAAGGUUAAUGGCUUGGAUGUCGCCGUUGUCAUCAACACCCCUCCUAGCACCAGCUCACCUGAGGAACAUCCAACCCUUUCUGCAGAUGAUUCUGAGGAUAAAGACAUUGUUACUAUGUCGGAUUCCUCGGAUUUACAAACGGAUGACAAGUCGCUUGAAUCUUCUCCAGCAGAUUCGGAAUCUGUGGAUGAGGAUGUCGACGGUCUUGGGUCACCGAUGGAUCUUUCCGAUCUUGAUACGACGACUGAUGAGUCCGAUCAGGAUUCAAGCGACUCCGAGAGCGAUCUAGACCCCGAAGAAUCCGACUCAAAUGAUAUAUCAGAGCAAGUCAGUAGCGAUGACUCUGCGGAUAUUGAAAUGCACAGUACUUCCGGAGACGAGAGCCCGGCGUCUGACUCGGCCUCCAGUCCUGUGCAGGAGACGCCAAACGAUGAUGAUGGUUACGACCCAGAGGCCCACAAAUCCACAAUAGGUGAAGUAUCUAUCCUAACAGCCACUUCUGAAGCCCCUCCAAAUCAACCAUCGCCUUUGGUUAUCGGCGUCUCCGAACCUGGACAGCCACCAGCCAUAUGCAAGUCGACACAUAGCCAGCCUAAGAAACCAGAAACAGGGUUUAUUGAAUACCAGUCGCAGCUUUCCGGUUUCAGAUCAUUCCGAUACCACCCAAGCUAUAAUAAGCUUGUCUCACAGGGAUAUAAGUCGCUAACCUAUAGCAACCAUAUCGAUUCUGAGCUGCCAGUCUGUGAUUUUGAGACAAGGGGGGGUACUUGCAAUGACCCUCAAUGCAGAUGGCAACACUUCCGUCAAAUGGCCUUACCAGAGAGCAAUAUUCUUUUAGAGCUAGCCGAACCAGAUGCCAACCAAGGCGACAAAGAAGAGUACAAAGGCGCCCUUGAUAAGAUCAUGUCUCAGCUUGACAAUAGCGAAUCAGGUGGUUUUGAUAAGAUCGCCAAAGAAGUCAUUGAAUAUCGCCGCCAAACGUUAGGCGAUCCGACACGGAUUAUUAAAGACCUCUGA